GCGCGCACGCCGCGACCUGAGCGGGCCGGCCUGGUAGGGGCGGACCCAGCCUGGUGGAGGCGGAGCCUGGCGGGGCGGGGCCUCUAAUGUACAAAUAGGAUGCGGGCCCUGUUGAGGGCGGGGCCUCCGAUGCACAAGUGGGAAGCGGCGCCGGGCCGCUGCAGUUUCGCGCCAAACUUGAGGGGAAACCUGGCGUGCGGGCUGUCUAGGAGGUGAUCGCCGCUGCUGUCAUGGUUCGACCACUGAACUGCAUCGUCGCCGUGUCCCAGAAUAUGGGCAUCGGCAAGAACGGAGACCUGCCCUGGCCUCUGCUCAGGAACGAAUUCAAGUACUUCCAAAGAAUGACCACCACCUCCUCAGUGGAAGGUAAACAGAACCUGGUGAUUAUGGGACGGAAAACCUGGUUCUCCAUUCCUGAGAAGAAUCGACCUUUAAAGGACAGAAUUAAUAUAGUUCUCAGUAGAGAGCUCAAAGAACCGCCACAAGGAGCUCAUUUUCUUGCCAAAAGUCUGGACGAUGCCUUAAAGCUUAUUGAACAACCAGACUUAGCAGAUAAAGUGGACAUGAUUUGGAUAGUUGGAGGCAGUUCUGUUUACAAGGAAGCCAUGAAUCAGCCAGGCCAUCUCAGACUCUUUGUGACAAGGAUCAUGCAGGAAUUUGAAAGUGACACGUUCUUCCCAGAAAUUGAUAUGGAGAAAUAUAAACUUCUCCCAGAGUACCCAGGAGUCCUUUCUGAAGUUCAGGAGGAAAAAGGCAUCAAGUAUAAAUUUGAAGUCUAUGAGAAGAAAGACUAACAGAAAGAUGCUUGCUGUUGACUUCAAGUUCUACUGCUUUCCUCCUAACAUGAUGCAUUUGUACAAGACAAUGGAACUUGUGUUGGCUUUAGAUCUAUGGGUUAUUCUUUCUUUAGGGAGGGGUAGGUGGGAAGUAUUUGUUUUGUGGUGCCAGAGAUUGAACCUGGGACCCUGUGCAUCCUGGGCAAAUGCUGUACUCUAAGCCACACCCCAAAGCCAUGCCCCAGCCCCUGUAUAAUUCUAAACAAUUAGAAUUGUUUUUCGUUUCCAUUAAUCUAAGUUAUAUUAAAUAUACUUUAAGGAACACCACUUGCUAUAAAGUUCUCAAUGCCCUUCCCAUGCGUCCUCAAGUGGCUCCCCAGCAGAGACCCCCAAAGACAUAGAGCCCCUGAGAGCAUGAGCUGAUGUGGGGACUCAGAGAUAAGAGCUAGACGGAUAAGCCAAAGGGCAGAAGUGGGUUUUAAACCGCAGAGCUGGAACUCAGACUUUAAAAGAAAAUUAGAUCAAAGUAGAGACUGAAUCAUUCUGUGCACAUCAGACUCUCGGCAGAGUUCUGUUCACUCAGACAGAAAAUGGGUAAAUUGAGGGCUCCAUUGUGCUCCAUGGAGAUGGGAGCAGGUGGAGGAUUAUGUAAGGUCUGGAACAUUUAACUUCUCCCUUUCUCCUCUUCAGUGAGAUUCCAAGGGAUACUGCAGUGACAGAACAAAAAUAGGCUGCUUCUACCAAAAAUAAAAAAAAGUUAAAUAAUGGCAAGCAUAAUAGCUACUGUUAAGAAUUCAGAGAUAAUGAAUUGAGAAUGGAUAUUGCUUGAAAUGAAAAUUAAUAAGUUAGAAACUAACUAAACUUUAUGAAGAUGAAAAUUAAAAUGCCUUCCCUAUCUCAGCAGGGUUUGUAUCAUCAGGCCAAAAAAAGUUGUAUUUUCAGACCUGCCUCAUAAAUUAAUACAAUCUUUUCUUAAAAGAAUAUUUUUUAUCUUUUACUUGACAAUUUCAUAUAUGUAGAUCCAAAUCCCCACUCCUAGUCCCUCCACUACCUUCAUGUCCUCUUGUUUUUUUGUAACCCACUGAAAACAGUAAGGCUUUCUUCAUGUUCCUAGGUGUGGUCCACCCACUGGAGUAUGGGCAACCUGCAGUGGCCACACCCAGCCGUCACCAGUUGCCAAUGGCUCAUGGGUGGAGUCUACUGAGCCUCUCCUAUCCACGGUGGAAUAUUGACUGGAUUGAUCCACAGAUAACCAUAGCUGCUGUAAGCUUGUGAGUGUAAUGGCCACGUCCUGUCCAGAAGACAGCAUUAUAUAAACAGCACUCUUCCCCAUCCUUCAGGCCUUCCAUUCUGUCCACCCCUUCUUCCUCAGGGAGCUCUGAACCAUAGACAGGGUUCUUGAUAUAAAUGGUCUAUUCCGAACUGAGUAAUAAACAAUCGGUUAUUCUCUGCA